AUGUAUUGCUGUUAUUUACUUAAUAAUUAAGAGGUAUCAGAUACCACUGCAGAACAAUACUUCUCAAAAAACAGUGUUUUUUAAGGUCAAGGCAUCUACUGCCUUUCUGAAGAGAUGAAAAAUCAGUCAACAUAAUCAACAAAAUUAUCCCUUUAUGGUAAAGAACAUUAUUCUCUAGCCAGAAAUACCGAACAAUAUAUUUUGUUCAACUCUUUUCCCAAAAAUAUACCUUUAGAAUUAUUAUAAAUAAUUGCUGAAAAAUCUAACAACUUUGGCAAAAAUCUACAAGUUUUCAUACCUUACUCAAAUGAUGAAUAACUACUCCUAUAUUAUCUUUAACAAAAAACAUUCAACAUUUAUACUUUGGAUGAUGAUCAUGAGUACUUAAAUAAACUGAAGAAUUAAAAAAUAUUUUAAUAAUUGAAAUAUGUAAGGCAGCAAGAAUUUAUUGAUGAUUUCGAUUUAAAGAUAUUUAAUUGUUGCUCACAAACCUAAAGAAUGUUUGAAUUUUUGGAAAAAUCAAAAAUCAAUUCCAUCUCUACCAAUUAAGUGUUUAUUUUAGAUUAUUGUCAUAAUCCUAACGAAAUUAUCAGCUAAAUAAUGAAAGGUUAAGAACCGGAUAAAGAAGAAUUAAUGACAGUUUUUAUUGAAGCUACCAAGAAAUAUUAUUUAUUUUUUACUGGAAAAAUGAGUUCAACUUAGGGAUUUUCACGAUUAGAAUCUAUAGAGUAGAUUCUAUUAGAGAAUGCAGAACCCUAACUAAAUUGUCCAAAACUAAUAAAACAGUUACUCAAAUAUCUCAUGCAUAAAAAAUUCACUUAUUAAUAAAUCUUAUAGAUAAUAGGAUCUAUUAAGUAAGAACAUGCUGAUGAAUUGAAAAAAUAAUAAUCUGAUAGCAUUCUUCAUAUGUUUUUACAAAAACUUAUUAACUACUAAAAUGUUGAUUAAGCUAAAAUUCAAGAGAUUUUUUAAUUUCCCUCUGGCUUUUUAACCAAAACAUCAUUAACUAUGUCCCAAUAACAAGUUAUGGAAAAGCAAAUAAAUUCGUAUGAUAAAUAAAAAUUAAUAAGCAACAGCACGGUUGAAAUUUAAAUGUGA